GCCUCAGAUAUAUAUAUAACCCCUGUUUCACCACAAGUUCCAAUAUACCAUAUUCCCCCCCAGAGAACGUCUUUGUAUACGCUCCUGGUUAUUUCUCUGUUCUUAUUCAGAUCCAGAUCUCCUUUACGAAGUUUAAUCUUCCAAACCAAAAGCGAAAAUGAGGGAAUGCAUUUCAAUCCACAUUGGACAGGCCGGAAUUCAGGUCGGCAACGCUUGCUGGGAGCUCUACUGCCUUGAACACGGCAUUCAGCCUGAUGGACAAAUGCCCGGAGAUACCACCGUCGGUGGCGGUGAUGACGCCUUCAACACAUUCUUCAGUGAAACUGGCGCUGGAAAGCAUGUUCCUCGCGCGGUGUUCGUAGAUCUGGAGCCAACUGUGAUUGACGAGGUCCGCACCGGCACAUACCGCCAGCUGUUCCACCCAGAACAGCUCAUCAGCGGAAAGGAGGAUGCCGCCAACAACUUUGCCAGAGGUCAUUACACCAUCGGCAAAGAAAUCGUGGAUCUGUGCCUUGACAGGAUCCGUAAGCUCGCGGACAACUGUACCGGACUUCAGGGCUUCCUCGUUUUCCAUGCUGUGGGCGGUGGUACUGGAUCUGGUCUCGGAUCUCUUCUUCUCGAGAGGCUCUCUGUUGACUACGGUAAAAAAUCAAAGUUGGGUUUCACCAUUUACCCUUCCCCCCAGGUUUCCACUGCUGUUGUGGAGCCUUACAACUCUGUGCUCUCCACUCAUUCUCUGUUGGAGCACACCGAUGUUGCUAUACUCCUCGACAAUGAGGCUAUCUACGACAUCUGCCGUAAAUCCCUCGAUAUUGAAAGACCCACGUACACAAAUCUGAACAGGCUGAUUUCUCAGGUGAUUUCUUCCCUGACCGCAUCUCUGAGAUUCGACGGUGCAUUGAACGUUGACGUGAACGAGUUCCAAACAAAUCUCGUACCAUACCCAAGAAUCCACUUCAUGCUUUCCUCGUAUGCCCCAGUCAUCUCUGCCGAGAAGGCCUACCAUGAGCAGCUCUCUGUCUCGGAAAUCACCAACACUGCAUUCGAGCCAUCUUCCAUGAUGGUCAAGUGUGACCCACGCCAUGGCAAGUACAUGGCCUGCUGUUUGAUGUACAGGGGCGACGUGGUCCCUAAAGACGUGAACGCAGCUGUAGCCACUAUCAAGACCAAGAGGACAAUCCAGUUUGUCGACUGGUGCCCGACCGGCUUCAAGUGCGGAAUCAACUACCAGCCGCCAACUGUGGUUCCUGGCGGCGAUCUUGCUAAGGUGCAGAGGGCUGUUUGUAUGAUCUCGAACUCGACGAGUGUGGCUGAGGUGUUCUCGAGGAUUGACCAUAAGUUUGACCUGAUGUAUGCUAAGAGGGCUUUCGUGCAUUGGUACGUGGGUGAGGGUAUGGAGGAAGGGGAGUUCUCCGAGGCUAGGGAGGACUUGGCUGCUCUGGAGAAGGACUACGAGGAAGUUGGAGCUGAAUCUGCUGAAGGUGAUGAUGAUGAGAACGAGGAGUAUUAGGGUUUGUUUUAAGAUGAGGUUAUGAAACCUUUUAAUCGUGGCAACCAAUGAACUCAUUGGUUGAUUGUUUGUCGUCAAAACAUCUUUCUAUUUUUCUUAUGUUUCUGUUGAACUGGUUUCUGGUGUUUUUGAACUUUUCGAAAUUUGCAUGUAAUUUUCUGCUAUCUGUUUGUGUGUUUAAUGGGGAUUAUUGGUAUCUUAUUUUUCAGUGUCUGUUGUUGUUUAUGACUCAAUCAUGGAUCAAUGUUUCUGCUAAUCUUUACAUGGUA